AUGGUCAUCGCCCGUCACGGUAAACCGGAUCUGUUCAUAACGAUGACGUGUAACCCUCGGUGGCCCGAAAUUAUAGAUAAUCUUGGUCCGCAUCAAAAAUGGGAGAACAGACCGGAUCUGGUCUGUAGAGUAUUCCACGCAAAAUUGCUGGAAUUAAUGGACGACCUAACGCAAAAACAAAUAUUUGGUGUCGUUAAAAACUACCACUACGUCAUCGAAUUUCAAAAACGAGGCUUGCCUCAUGCCCACAUAGUUUUAACUAUGCAAACCGAUGACAAAGUGUUGGACGUCGAAACCGUCGAUGCUAUUGUACAAGCGUAUAUACCAGAUAAAAAUACGCAACGCAUCUUAUAUGGCCUUGUCAGAGAUUUCCACGUCCAUGCGCCUUGCGGACAAUUAAAUAUGUUCGCCAAAUGCAUGAUGAAUGGCCAAUGUAAAAAAUUUUAUCCCAAACCCUAUAGAACUCAUACUUCCCUACACAUGGGUGGUAAUAAGAGACCGGAAUACAAACGUCCCGACGAUAGUCGGACGAUUUAUGUAGAUGCUAAUCGUUGUCGGGUAACAAAUAGACGAAUUGUACCCUAUAAUGCUUAUCUAUUGAGCAAAUAUCAAUGUCAUAUUAAUAUCGAAGUGGUAGGUUCCCUCUAUACGAUGAAAUAUCUACAUAAAUAUAUACAAAAAGGCUCAGACUCUAUAACCCUGCGCAUCGGUGACGGUAAUAAUGAUGGGAAUACUCGAGCACAUUCCCAGCCAACGACUGAAUUGCAGAAAACUCCCAUCGAAACUUUGGUUAUCGAUGAAAUAAAAAAUUAUCAAGAUUACAGAUACGUUAGUGCGAUGGAAGCGAUGUGGAGAAUUCUCGAAUUUAGAAUGCACGAUCGCUCCCACUCGGUGUUAGUGUUGCCUGUACACUUACCGGGCGAUAGAACAAUAAUGUUCGAUGAAUUAGAAGAAGCCAAUAACAUUGAAGCGCGUCUGCAAUCACGCUCAAAGUUAGAAGCUUACUUUGAAUUGAAUUCGCACGACGUUGUCGCUCGUACUUACUUGUAUCACGAAAUCCCUCAACAUUACACCUGGAACUAUAAAGAAUGCAAAUGGCAAUCCAGGCGUCAAGUAAGUAAGCAGAUCGGCUGUAUGAUUGAUGUAUCGCCGCUCCCGGGCCAAAUGGAACUUUUUUUCUUCCGACUGCUUUUAUCACGAAUCAAAGGAGCGACAACGUACGAUGAUUUAAAAAAAAUUGAUGAUGACGGUACGACGACUGACACUUUCGAAGAAGCAUGCCGUAGAAAAAAUUAUAUUCGUCGAACCGACGAAUUCGAACGAGCUAUGAGGGAAGCCGUUCUAAAGCAGCACCCACGUAAAAUGCGUAAACUAUUUGCACUCUAUUGUUGUAUCACAAUCGAUGAGGGUUUCACGGAAUACAACGCCAUUUGGCAUCAAUUCUGUGAAUAUAUGAUUGACGAUUUCGUGAAUCUGAAACGUCUCUCGUAUCAAAGAGCGGAGGAAAAAGCUUUUAAAGAAAUAAACGAAAUAUUAAAGAGAAAUAGAUCAAAUUUAUCUAUGGCAGCGUUAGGUAUACGUUCUAUCCACGAUAAUAAUAGAAGUGAUGCUGCUUUUAACCGUGUUCCCGAUAUUGAUAAUAAUAUCAACUGCGAUCGUCAUUAUGAUUAUGGUGUAGAUUUGUAA